GGGAAAGGGCGUAAAUAGAGGGCGGAUCCCGUCCAGGGGUGGACGCGGCGACCGAGGCCCGGAAGUGGACAGAGGCGACCCGGGGGCCCGACCGUCUGCCCGCCAUGGACGACGCGGACCGGCAGCUCCUGCGGCGGUGCCGGCUGCGGCUGGUCCGCGAGCUGCAGGUGACCGAGCUCUGGGACGCGCUGGUGAACCGCGGGCUCUUCACGCCGGACAUGAUCGAGGACAUGCAGCGGGCAGGCUCUGGGUCUCGGCGGGAUCAGGCCAGGCAGCUGGUCAUCGAUCUGGAGACCCGAGGGAGUCAGGCCCUUCUUUUGUUCAUCUCCUGCCUGGAGGAUACAGGCCAGGAUGCGCUGGCUUCCCUCCUGAGCACACACAGCCAAGCAGGGCGGCGGGAACCGAAGGCUGUCAGACCCCUGCAGCUCGUGCCUGUGGUGCUGGGACCAGUGGGCCUCAAACUGGAGGAGCCCAGAGCCAUGGCAUGGGAUCCAUCAAAGCCAACCGUGGGAAACCUCACUCCAGUGGUGCUGGGGCCUGAGGAGCUGUGGCCAUCUAAGCUCAGACCAGAGGACCUCAGACCAGAGGUGCCCGGGCUGGCAGACACUGGGGGAUUUGGUGAUGCCUGUGCUCAGGAGAGGUUGAGGGGCAACUCCGAUUUGGCCUACAAGCUGAACUCGGACCCUUGUGGCCACUGCCUCAUUAUCAACAAUGUGAACUUCAGCCGCGAGUCGAGGCUCCGCACCCGCACAGGCUCUAAUAUCGACUGUGAGAAGUUGCAGCGCCGCUUCCGCCUGCUGCAUUUUGUGGUGGAAGUGAGGGUCGACCUGACUGCAAAGGAAAUGGUCCAGGCUUUGAUGGAGCUGGCGCGGCGGGACCAUGGCUCUCUGGACUGCUGUGUGGUGGUCAUCCUCUCUCACGGCUGUCAGGCCAGCCACCUGCAGUUCCCAGGGGCCGUCUAUGGCACAGAUGGACGUCCACUUCCCGUUGAGAGAAUCGUGAAUAUCUUCACUGGGACCAGCUGCCCCAGCUUGGGCGGGAAGCCCAAGCUCUUCUUCAUCCAGGCCUGUGGUGGGGAGCAGAAAGACCAUGGGUUUGAGGUGGCCUCCACUACCUCCAAGGACAGGGCUUCUGGGGGUAACCCCGAGCCAGAUGCCAGCCCGUUCCAGGAAGUCCGGGGGAGCUUUGACCAGCCAGACGCCGUGUCCAGUUUGCCCACACCCAGUGACAUCUUGGUGUCCUACUCCACCUUCCCAGGUUUUGUCUCCUGGAGGGACACGCAGAGCGGCUCCUGGUACAUCGAGACCCUGGACAGCGUCUUGGAGCAGUGGGCUCGCUCGGAAGACCUGCAGAACCUCCUGCUCCGGGCUGUGCAUGGCCCGUGUGAAGCAGCUCCUGCUUGGGGAACUCUAAUGAAAAAUAGCCUGCCAUGGCUUUUCAUUGACCUGCUGGGGGCUUCCUGGAAAGCAAGAGUCUUCACCUGGAGUCCUGUUUGGGUUUCAGGGGGCCUGUGAACCCCUACAAGUUAUAUGCAAGAUGUGUGGAUGGGCAUGUUUCUAGACUUCAUUUCUCAAAGGGGGUAGGGCCUUGGAAGUGUGAACAACCACUGCUGUCAGCAAGGCCCUGUUAUGUGCUGUGGGUGGGGCUGCCACCUGUUUUCCAAGGCUGUUUAGCAGUAUCUAUUCACAUUUUUAAUAUGCUGACCCUGUGACCCUGUAAUGCUGCUUUAGGAUUCCCUAUAGCACUCAGAGCAGUGUGCAAGAAUGUCUGGGCAAGGAGCUUCAUUGCAGCAAUGUAAGAGUGAAAAACAGACAACAGAUUAGAGCUUCGGUCAUUGCAUUCAAACAAUGGAAAACUAUGCAGCCAUUCAAAAGAAUGACAUGGAUGUAUGUACUGACAUGUAAAAGGUGAUAGAGUUUUAAGUGAAAGAUUAUGUUGCAGAACAUUAUGGAGAAUGAGAUCCUAUUUUUGUCAGCAGAUACUGUGUACAUAUAUACCUAUAUAGAUAUUUCCUCUCUGCACAUAUAUAAAGUCCAGAAGACCACACACCAAGCUGAUAAUGAUGAUUCCCUUUAGAAUUGGAGGUGUGGACCAAGCAGGACUUCUACUUCUUAUUUGAUACACUCCUAUAUUCCUUUAAUAUUUUUAUAAAAGAGUGUGUUAUACUUUCUAGAAAAACACAUAAGGCUAGUAAACUCUGAAGACUCAUGUAUGGCUGUCAUUCAAUAAAUGUUUGAAUUGGCUCAUCACCUGUCUGGGUGUGUGGGGGCAGGUGCUCCUAAGCAUCACCAGGGCUGCAGCUGUGCCUGACUUCACCGCAUGUCCCCGGGCAGGGACCACUGCGGGCUGCUUGCAGCCCCUCUGCAGCUGCCGGGGGCCUCCACCAGAGAACAGCUGGUGGCUCUGCUCUCCGCUCCUGGAAGCCAUUCCUGGGCAUCUGCGCCUGCUCUGGCUGAAUGUGGGGCCUCUGCCCAGCUGCCCCACAAGGCUUGCUUUCCCCAUUGAUCUCUUGUUGCUUUCAGCUCCUGCCUGCUUGUGUCUGGUGAGGAACAGCUGAUACUGGGGACAACAAGUCAGGGCAACUGUCCCCGGGCUCUGCUCUGGGCCCCCAAGGUGCUGGCAGGACCAGCUGCCCAGUGACUCACCCGGCAGCUGAGGCUGGAAAAGGCCCCUAAACAUCCUUCCAUCCAACAAGUAUUAGGCCAGGCUCCUUUGAAAUGCCAGUGGCACCUCAAAAGCUGGAACUGGGCUUUCCUCUCCUAAAACCCAACCAGCUUUCCCCCAAUUUACCAGAGAGAUGCAAAUGAAUGGCUGCUCUCUUCUUGAUUUUAUGCCUUUCUCCAACAGGUUCUUUUUGAAUCUCUGGUGCCUCUGACCACUUGUUGGCAGAGAAACGCCAGCAGGCAGGCAAAUGAACAAGGAGCUGGCGAGUAUUAAUGACAGAACUUGAAAGCAGCCCACCUGCUUCUAUUGGCAGUGUAUUUUUCCUAAUGUGACCACAUGCUCAGGGCUGUGGUUUCCUGUUUGAUUUUAUAAUGGAGUGUCAGUUUAAUUCAAUUUAGCCGUUCUCUACAAAUUAAACUUAAAAUAGUGAAAUCAGAUGCCAACUUUCCCUUCUUCUGGGUCUCUGCCACGGACACAACUCCUGCUUGCUCUGCCUUCUAAAAUUGUCGAGCAGCCCUGGCCUAGUUCAAGUCCCAUUUUCCAGAAAAGUAAAUGGAGGCAGUGGCAAUGCUAGGAGGAGGUGGUUUGAAAAGUCCUCCCAGUCGGCAGGGAGUGUCCUCCCUGGCCCCCAACCCAUCACCCGGCAGCAAAGUCUCCCCUCUCCCCCUGGGUUACCCCUUUUUGUGACUUUUCCUGCAGUGGCUGCCUCCAUCUACUGCUCCUUGUAUCCAUGACACUCCCAAAAUCAGUGUAUUUUUUUUGUUUGUUUUUUGUUUUUAAAUAAUGUUUAUGGCAAUUAUUUUAAACCAAUGUGUGUUCAUUGUUAAAAAAAAAAAAAAAAAGAAAUCAAACGGUGU